AUGCUACGAUCUAAAAUUCCAAUAUUGAUUACUCUGGAUCAUAUCCGACCCAAAGAUCCAGGAAUAUCUCUUGGGGUAGCAAGUAUUAUGAGCCACCUGAGGCAGAAGAAAAUCGAAUACAACGCACAUAUUUACAACAUUGCAGAGGAAACACAGGUGUCUUCGCUAGCCAGAAGAAUCCUUGAUACGAUUUGGAGACAUUACAACGAUUCGAAAUACGAUCUCUUGUUUGGAGGUUUUGUCUGGAACGAGCCCUUUCUAAAGACGAUCCUCAAGGAGCUGAAAAACUAUAAUUACCGGGGUCGGAUUGUAAUGGCAGGUCCGCAAGUCUCCUACGUCGAAAAAGGCCAGCUAGAAAAAUACUAUCCAGAGGCGGAUGUGUUUAUCCGUGGGUAUGCGGAACAUGCCGUGUCCGAUUUAGCCGAGGGGAAGGAUGAUAUUAUGGGAGUCCACUUAGCGAAGUCCCCAGACAAGGGUCUGCACACAUCGACCACUCUAUCCGAGCUCGCUUCUCCAUUCUUAGACGGAACGCUUCAACCGCAGUACUUCAUGCGAUGGGAGACAACCCGAGGCUGUCCUUACAGUUGCUCAUUUUGCCAGCACAGAGAUCCAGCUUCUUCGUCAAGGUCAGUGAAUAAAAGUUGGACAAAACUACAGCACUCUGGGAAAGAUCGUAUCAUAUCAGAAAUAGAAUGGUUUGUUGACAAUCAUGUCAGGGACUUGGCUGUUCUUGAUCCGACGUUCAACACAAUAAACGGGAACAUGGUGUUAGGUUUAUUAGAGCGCCUUGGUUAUUCAGGAAAACUCAGCCUUCAGUGUCGGCCCGAACGGGUCAACACUGCAUUUUUAGAUCAAGUGGAAUCGCUGAGCGCAACUACAGGAGCCGAAGUGGUCUUGGAAUUUGGUGUGCAAACGUUGGAAGCAGAGGAACUGGAGCACAUCGAACGCGUGAGAAAUGCCAACCCUCACAGCUUGGCUAAAAAAGUUUUAGAAAAGUUAGCGUUAGUUCAUCAGCGUAAUAUCAAACACGAAAUCAGCCUGAUAUUUGGUUUGCCUUUGCAGACCGUGGACAGCUUUCAACAAACCAUUCAAAAGAUCCAGGAGAAAACAGAUGGAUCACUAGUGGCUUUUCCGCUAAUGCUGCUUCGAGGAACACCUCUGUAUUAUCAAAAGAACGCGUUGGGACUUGUUGAAGGUACAGACAUCGCGCAUCCGCUACUGGAUCGAAUUCAAAAAUUCAUCCCACAUGUUGUCACAACUCCUUCUAUGACAUAUGGCGACUGGAUGACAAUGGCUAACAUUGCCGCUUCUUUGCAAGAGCAACAACCAGAAGAGAAACAGAAUAGAUUAUGA